AUGAAGAACGUUUUGGCCAAGGUCGCAUCUGCGGCCAUUAUAUUGCCUCUGGCACUGGCGGCCGAUGGUCCCAUGGUCCCUGACUAUGAAGUCCAUUUGCUCCUUGACCCUACCGUUGUUCUGGAUUCCAGCUUCAAACUUACUCCUACGGUUCUUUCCACAUUUGCGAUGCCAACAACGGUUACGAAGAUCAAUGUGCAAUACAUCGACACAGUUUCGGAAGAUCUUUACAACAAUGGCUGGAGCUGCCGCAUUCGAAACAUUGAGAAUGAGAGCGGGUUUGACCUCACAUACAAGUGGCGUCUUCCGGUCAGCAACGGAGACAUCAAUGGUGCCCUAAACACGGCCUUCAACGACGGUUGGAACUCUGGCCAGGGCAACUAUGAUGCCCAGAUUGACUGGCUCUAUGCCUCACAAACUCUUUCCAUCCAGCGGGAUUACACGGCUUCGUCAAAGGGCUACAGUGGCACGGAUGACCCAGAUGAGGCUGAUUCGCGUAGCAUGUUGGAGUCAAACGCGCCAGGCAUGUUUGAUGAUUGGGUAUCCAACAAUUGGGGUACUGAUAUGCUCGAGAGUGGUGUCAUCUACGGUCCCGUUCUUACCAAGCGCUCAGUUGGCACAUGGAAUGGCGUUGAACUUGACAUUGAGGUCUGGCCAAUAGAGAACUCGAGUGGCACUGGAAUCGAGUAUAUCGUUGAAGCUUCUUUCAAAACAGAUAACUACACAUUUGCAUCGGAUGGUCGCGCUGAGCUGAUAUCCUUGUUUCAGAAUGAGGGCUGGUUCUUGGCGGAGAGUGUGUCCAAGGAGGACUUGGUUAUGGAAAACUAUCAUCCGACAUCAUGA